AACCUGCGACCGAGUGGGAGUGGAGUGGGGCGGCCGUUGUCGCCGACUCUUCCCUUCUCCCCACGCUCCGGUCAGCGGGUUAGUUAGGUCUCCGGUCCUCAAGGCGAAACUUGUCUCUUACUUAGUUCUGGGGAGCGCCUGGCCGACAUGAGUGAUGUAGAGGAGAACAACUUCGAGGGCAGAAUUUAGCAAGACAAGUGGAGGUGAGAAAAUGGCAAAGAUCAAGUGGGAAAAAGAAUCAGUAAACCCUGUGAAAGAAAGUUGAGGUUAAUGUUCGUGAAGAAAUUGAAGAGUUUUUUCCAAGAAUGUGGAAGAUAAAUCAAGAUAAAAGAAGGCUAAUGAAAAGUAUUAAAGAUCAGAAAAUUAAAAUUGAAUGGGGGAAAAAAUUGAACAGAAGAUUGGUCAGAUAGAAGCACUUGAAUAUUUUUUUAAGGCUAUUUUGAAUUGUUUGAAUUGGGGAAGAAUACACGAAGUAUGAAAAAUGAAAAACUCAAUGAAGAAUGAAGAGAAGUAGAAAGCAAGAGUGAAGUAGAAUUAAAAGAAUCUGGAAGAAUGAAUGGGUCCUAGGUUAAGUAAAUGAGUCUCGCUCUCAGUCAAAAUCUCCAAUGGGAACUCCUGCUCGCGUAAAAUCGGAGAGCAGGUCAGGAUCUCGUAGUCCAUCAAGGGUUUCCAAACAUUCUGAAUCCCAUUCUCGAUCAAGAUCAAAAUCCAGGUCGAGGUCAAGGAGGCAUUCUCAUAGACGUUACAGCCGAUCCAGGUCCCAUUCUCACUCUCAUAGGAGACGAUCUCGAAGUAGGUCAUAUACACCAGAAUACCGGCGUCGAAGGAGCCGAAGUCAUUCUCCAAUGUCCAACCGGAGAAGACAUACAGGCAGCAGGGCAAAUCCAGAUCCCAACACUUGUCUUGGAGUGUUUGGCCUCAGUUUGUAUACAACAGAGAGAGAUCUUCGUGAAGUAUUUUCUCGAUAUGGACCAUUGAGUGGUGUCAAUGUGGUUUAUGAUCAGCGAACUGGACGAUCACGAGGAUUUGCUUUUGUCUAUUUUGAGAGAAUAGAUGACUCAAAGGAGGCUAUGGAAAGGGCAAAUGGAAUGGAGCUGGAUGGCAGAAGAAUUCGUGUGGACUAUUCUAUCACCAAGAGAGCACACACACCUACACCAGGCAUCUACAUGGGCAGACCAACUCAGUAAGAUUUCAAGUUUCCUAAGAUAAACUAUUUUAGCCAGAAGUCUACCAGAUGUAUCUACAAAAUUUUGAUAAGUCAAACGAUAAAAUUUUCCCUACAAUUGACAUGGAAAUUUAUUUAAUUUGUAUAUAUUCUUUGGAUCAUUUUUUAUAUAUACAGUUGACCCUUGAACAAUGAAGGGGUUAGGUGCACCAAAUCCUGUGCAGUCAAAAAUCCACAUCGAACUUUGAGCUCUCCGAAAACUUAGUUUUCUCUUAGUAUUUACCAGGGAUUGGUUCUAGGACCCCUAUGGAUACUAAAAUCCAUGAUACUCAAGUGCCCUAAGUAAAAUGCCAUGGAUCAGUGCAGGUACUUAUUGUGGGGGGAGAGGGGAAUCUGUAUAAGUAGGCUGGUGCAGUUCAAAGGUGUACUGCGUGCGUGUGUGUGGGUGCGCGCAGGAGGAUAAAUUAAAAUUAUUGAAUUGCAUUUCUGGCCCUUGGUAUUCUACAGAUAGAAAAAGUGUUAGAUAUUAGAAAAAUAUCAUACAUUCUUAAAAUAUUCCCUUUCUAUUCUUUUUUUUUUUAAUUUUUUUUUUUUUAGAGAGAUGAAGGAGGAGAGAGAAACAUUGAUUGGUUGCCUCCAGAAUGUCCCACCACGGGAUCGAGCAGUAACCCGGCAUGUACCCUGACUGGGAAUCAAACUAGUGAGCUCUUGGUUCACAGGUCAACACUCAACCACUGAGCCACACUGACUGGGCAACUUCUUAGUGUUUUGGUAUUGUUUUCCAGCAUAGUUCAUUUCACCUUGUUGAAAAGAUCCUGGUGAUUUGGGCAGGGCAUUAAUAGAAGAGCAGUUUAUAGUUUGGAGAGUUGUGUGUAAUCUUUCCUGGUUAUUUAUGUAAUGAAUAAGAAGCCAAGGCAAGAAUACCAUGGGCGGCAGCCAACUAAGACAUAGAGGUAAUUGGCAUGAAAGGGUUAUUCUUUGCCUUUUCUCACCUCCUUCCUCUAUUUUAUUUUACUUAAGUACCAUUUUGUAUUAAGUGAUACUGGAAAAUAAUCGUUCACAUUGAUAUCAAAUGUUUACCUUUUUUUGUAGUAGUGGUGGUGGUGGUGGUGGUGGUGGAGGCGGAGGCGGUGGUGGAGGCGGAGGAGGUGGCAGGCGUCGAGAUUCUUACUAUGAAAGAGGAUAUGAGCGUGGUUAUGACAGAUAUGAAGACUACGAUUACCGAUACAGAAGAAGAUCACCUUCUCCUUACUAUAGCCGAUACAGAUCACGAUCAAGAUCUCGUUCCUACAGCCCAAGACGCUAUUGAUGAAGAGAAUGAUUACAUUUGAGGAUAUCUUUUUCUUUUUCUCUUUUGUUGUUUAAUUCUGGAUUUCCCUGAGCUUCUAAUCCUUCCUACUUAAAAGGAAUCCGAAAAAAAAUCUUUGGUUUAUUUAGCGUCUACACUUUGUCAAUUGCAUUGGUGUUUUACACUCCUUUUAUUAUACUCUUAAAGUUCUAAUUGUCAUUUUGAGUAGUUAAACAUCUUGAGUAAAAAAAAAAAAAGGAAGGAACCCCCAGUGUUAUGCUUUGGGUUUGUUUAUUGUUUUGUUUUUGCUUUUAUAGAAAAUUAACUUCUGGCUAAUCAAAAAAGGAAAGAAAUGAUCUUUUUAAAGCUUCUUUUUUGUUAGAUACUAUAUUAGAAAUCUACAUUUGUGACAAACUCCUUUUUUAACUUUCUUUUGGAGAAGAUAGUAACACAUAAAGUAGUUCAGUCAUGUCAGGUUUGUCUGGGGUGUCACGGAGCAGUCAAAUAGUUGAGUGUAGAAAGUUUGAAGCUAUAAAACAGUCGUUUCUUUUGAAAAAAUGAAAAUUUAUAACCUUAAAAAGGGCAUUUUUCUUUGAGAUGGAAAGCUUAUGGGCUCCUAUAAAACAUGUUCUAUUUAAACUACAUCUGUUAAGACUUACAAACUUUAUAGUGUGAUUUUUUUUGUGUUGUACUUAUUGAAGUUUAAGUAUUCUCUUAAUCAGUGAAGGACAACCCUUACUAUUAUUUAUUACUUAGAGCAAUUGUAUACUUUGCUGUUAGAAAUCUUGGUAUGGGACAAUGGUUAAGCAGGCUCUUGUAUAGUUUAGAGUCCUUAGAGGAUAUGUGUGGGGAAGAGUAGUCUCCUUUCAAAUAAAAGUUAAUUUCUUUGAAAA